AUGGCCCCGGCGGUGUUCCCGGGCUACGGCCCCCUGCUGCUCCUGGGCCUUGCCAUUUUCAACUGUGUGACUGGUAAUGGAAAUGCAACAACUGAACAUGAAGCCAAGAGGCUGUCCUGCAGCUACCCUAAUGGAAACUGUACAGAUGGCACCAAAGGAUUGAGGUGGAGGGGACAUUUUUCUAAGUGUCCUGAGGAGUAUAAGCACUACUGUGUCAAGGGAAGAUGUCGUUAUGUUGCAGUAGAAAAAACACCAGCAUGUGUCUGUGAGAGCGGUUACACUGGCGCAAGAUGUGAGAGGUUGGACCUGUUUUACCUAAGAGGAGAUCACAGCCAAAUUGUGGUGAUUUGUUUGAUAGCUGUUAUGGUGUCAUUUAUCAUCCUGAUUGCAUGUACAUGCACUUGCACUCAUUACUGUCGAGAGAGACGUAGGAAGAGGGAAGAGGAAGAAAUGGGAACACUUGACAAGGGAUUGCCUAUUAAAACUGAGGAUAUUCUAGAAACUCACAUUGCUUAA